AUGGGUAUGAACGAUCUUCCAUCUGAUAUUUCAUUGAAUAUAUUUUCUCGUCGAGAUGUUGAUUCUCUUUUGGAUAGCAAACUUGUUUGCGAACCAUGGUGCAAUCUCGUUAGGAAUCCAUCCUUCGCUCAAACUCAUCUUUCUCGUCAAAAGUUAUUGCUCUCGCCUAAUGCAUGUGUAGAGAUUAUGGAAUUAGGGUUCCUUUUGCUAGAAAAAAUUGACGAUAAGUCUGAUAACUGCAAACUUCACUAUGUUGGAUGCGAUGUUGAUUUUAGGAACAAGUCGUACCAAAUGAAAACGAAAACAAUUAACAUUCCACACAUUAAGCAGAAGAGCUUAUUAGAUGUCGUCGUGGUUGAUUCAUGCAAUGGCUUGAUUUGUUCUACUGUACCUCACCAUCAGCAGUAUGACCCUAUUCACAUAUGUAACCCUGUCACCAGAGAGUUUGUUUAUCUUCCAAGAUACGAAAAUAAAACCGGUUCAUUACGUGUAUAUGGGAUGCAGAGUGGCUUUGGUUACUGUCCUUCAACCAAUGAGUACAAAGUUGUAAGAAUCUAUCACAAAGGUGCUUCAUGUUUUUUCCAGGUUUAUAGACUUGGCAAUGAGAGUACUCAUAAAUGGUCCGACGAGAAACAAAUCCCGUACCCGUUGUUUUAUAACGUUCAUCGAUCAAAGGGUGUUUCUGUAAAUGGAGAGAUACAUCGGCUGGAUGGGGCAUCAAAGAUUGUUGCCUUCAGCUUAAAGGAUGAGGAAUUCCACUAUAUAGCUUCACCGCCACCUCUUGUGGAGGCAGUAAUACAUAUCUUCAAAAUAAACUGUGUGUUGGGAAACUGGUUAUGUGUUAAUCGUAUAUCAACCACUAAGGAGAACGACAUAUGGUUAUUUAAAAAGAACAAUGAGAUGAACGGGAAACACAAUGGAACUUGGAAUUGGAACAAGGAGUUUACCUUGCAAGCUGAAACUAGAAGUGUUAUUCCACUCGCUUUUACCAAUGAUGGUAAGGUGUUAUUUUCGCAGGGUUAUGGACUUGCCUAUUACGAUCCAAAAGAAUGUGAGGGGGUGCUUGUAACACUUGGCCGGGAUGAUCAUGAUCGAAGUGCAGGUUUGACAGUUUAUGAAGCAACUCGUCACGUUAACAGCUUUGUUUCGCUGAAAGCUCUUGGUGUCAAAAGCAAGAGAAGACUACAAUAUAAGGGUAAGUAA